UAAGCCUUGACACUUCUGGGUUCCAAAACCUGUUUGUCAAGAAAUUUUGAAAAUUCUUGCAAGAUUAUACAUAAACACAAGCCUCUCCAAUGUCUGCGCAACCGGUGCAAUUGCAUAUUCAUGACCAUUAUGUUGGGAUGGACAACGGCAUACUGCAUGUCAAAUUGUCAAAACCAGAAGGAAAUGUCACCGGAAUAAGAUAUAAUGGGAUUGAAAACUUGCUUGAAGUUCGUAAUGAGAAAUUUAAUAGAGGGUACUGGGAUCUUGUUUGGAGCGAGGAAGGAACAACCGGAACAACAGGAACAGACUACCGGAUUGGAGGAAAAAGUUUCAGAGUAGUAGUGGAAAAUGAAGAACAAGUAGAAAUCUCAUUCACAAGCAGUUGGGAUCGGUCGCUUGAAGGCAAAAUUGUUCCCCUAAAUAUAGACAAAAGGUUUAUAAUGCUUAGGAAUUCUUCAGGGUUCUACUCCUACGCCAUUUACGAGCAUUUGCAGGAUUGGCCAGCCUUCAACCUUCCCCAAACCAGGAUUGUUUUCAAGCUUAGCAAAGACAAGUUUCACUACAUGGCAAUAGCAGAUAACCGGCAAAGAUAUAUGCCGUUACCAGACGACAGGCUGCCAAGAAGGGGCAAAGAACUGGCAUACCCUGAGGCUGUACUUCUUGUCAAACCAGUAGAGCCAGAGUUUACAGGAGAGGUAGAUGACAAAUAUCUAUACUCGAGUGAGAACAGAAAUCUUAAAGUACAUGGAUGGAUGUGCUUUGAUCCGCCGGUGGGGUUCUGGCAGAUCACACCCAGCAAUGAGUUCCGAACAGGCGGACCUCUCAAACAAAACUUAACCUCUCAUGUUGGCCCCAUCACUCUUGCUAUGUUUUUAAGCGCUCACUAUGUGGGAGAGGAUAUGGUGCUGAAAUUCAAGGAGGGAGAACCAUGGAAGAAAGUUUUUGGACCUGUUUUUAUCUACUUGAAUUCUUUGAUUGAUGAUGAGAGUCCACUUUCUUUGUGGGAAGAUGCCAAACAACAGAUGUGGAUUGAAGAGCAAAGCUGGCCUUACACCUUCCCACAAUCAGAUGAUUUUCCGCAGUCUGAUCAACGGGGAAAUGUAAGUGGAAGAUUACGUAUAAGGGACAGGUACGUUAGCGAUGACUAUAUAUCAGCAGAAGGAGCUUAUGUAGGUUUGGCUCCUCCAGGGGAUGUUGGAUCCUGGCAAUUAGAGAGCAAGGGUUACCAAUUCUGGACAAAAGCUGAUGCAGAAGGUUAUUUCUGCAUCAAUGAUAUACGUACUGGCGAUUAUAAUCUUUACGCGUGGAUGUCUGGAUUCAUUGGAGAUUAUAGAUAUGAUUCUGUCAUUACCAUAACAGCAGGUUCUGAUAUUGACAUGGGUGACCUCACGUAUGAACCCCCAAGACACGGCCCUACGUUGUGGGAGAUAGGCAUCCCAGACCGUACUGCUGCAGAAUUCUACAUUCCCAAUCCGAAUCCAAUGUACAUCAACAAACUUUAUGUCAAUCAUCCUGACAGGUAUAGACAGUAUGGACUCUGGGAAAGAUACACGGAUUUAUACCCAGAUAAGGACUUGGUGUACAUAGUUGGUGUUAGUGAUUACACAAAAGAUUGGUUCUUUGCUCAUGUUCCAAGGAAGAAAGAUGAUGGCAGCUACCAAGCAACAACAUGGCAGAUCAAAUUCAACAUCGACAAUGCAGAUCAAAGCGCAAACUACAAGCUACUACUAGCACUUGCAACAGCCAAUUCAGCAGAAUUGCAGGUUCGCGUGAAUGAUCCGGAACCAAGUCCUCCUCUAUUUUCGACUGGAAAUAUUGGACAUGACAACACAAUAGCUAGGCAUGGUAUUCAUGGGAUUUACAGGCUUUACAGUGUAGUCAUUCCCGGUGGUCAGCUUGUGGAAGGAGAGAAUACCAUUUAUUUGACACAAGCAAUGGCAAGCAGCCCUUUUGAAGGAAUCAUGUAUGACUACAUCCGCCUAGAAGGACCUCCAUCUUCUAGUUCUUUAAGCAAACAAAUCUGAAUUUAUUUUCCUGGAAAAUUUGCAACACAGAUUGCAAAUGCACUUACAGUUUUACACAUUAAAAAUUGGCUGAAGUAGAAA